CAUGUUUUAGCAUCUUGCUUCCUGCUCCUUCACCAUGAAACUCCUGUUUUGUGACCUCCUGCUGCUCAGCCUGUUCUCCAGUGUGUUCAGCGGUUGUCAGAGAGACUGUCUGACCUGCAGAGAGAGGUUCCGCCCAGCCCUUGACAGCUUCAACCUAGAGGCAUGCAUUCUUGAGUGUGAAAAGAAGGUCCUCCCAAGCCCUCCCUGGACUCCGUGCAUCAAGGACCUGACCAGGAGGUCCCAGCAGCUCAGCCCUACUGACCCGGUGCACAUGCCUGCUGCUCUUUACCAGCCAAGAGCAUCUGAGAUGCAGAAUCUAAAGCGAAUGCCCCGCAUAAGGAGCCUAUUCCAAGGACAGGAAAACACAAAACCUGGCAUGGAUGAGGCUGGAGAGAUGGAGCAGAAGCAGCUGCAGAAGAGGUUCGGGGGCUUCACUGGGGCCCGGAAGUCGGCCCGGAAGUUGGCCAACCAGAAGCGGUUCAGUGAGUUUAUGAGGCAGUACCUCGUCCUGAGCAUGCAGUCCAGCCAGCGCCGGCGCACCCUGCACCAGAAUGGUAAUGCGUAGCUGGAAGGGGAGCCCCUUCCAGCUGCACCGUCCACUUCAACCCAUGAGUGAGUUGGGCACAAAUGAACUGGGGGCAAGAAGAUAACCUCAUACACCCAACUGUCUUAGCCUUCCUCCCAGACCUAGAAGCACAUUACCUCUUCCCCCAAACACAUACACACACAACACAGAACCUCAAGGAUUUCAGCUACUGUGGGGUUUGUGAGGUACAGUCA